AUGUCCUAUCCCAGUCUUUUUCGUCAGGUCGCGCCCCACUUUUUGCGUCGGGUCGUGUCCCACUUUAUUUCGUCAAGUCUUGUCCCACUUUAUUUCUACAGGUCGUGUCCCACUUUAUUUCGUCAGGUCGUGUCCCACUUUAUUUCGUCAGGUCCUGUCCCACACUAUUUCGUCAGUUCGUGCCCCACUUUAUGUCGUCAGGUCCUGUCCCACUUUUUUCGUCGGGUCGUGUCCCACUUUAUUUCGUCAGGUCGUGUCCCAUUUCUUUUCGUCAGGUCGUGUCCCACUUUAUUUCGUCAGGUCGUGUGCCACUUUUUUGGUAGGGUCGUGUGCUAG